AAAAAAGUAAAUAUACUAAGAAUGGGGAAACAAGGCGUUUUUAUUUCAACGUGAGAUUCUCUUGCUAUGAAUCGUUUGCCUCCUAAACUCGGAAGGGAGGAGAACCUGUCUGGGGAUUGUCACCUGCGAAGAGGCGCACGGCAGGCUAGGGCAAACAAAGGCACAGCCAGUUUGCAGACUACAGACUCCUUAUGCUGGCUCAAUUCCCCGGGGACCUCGCUAGCAUCUUAGAACUGUACAAAAAAGUGUGUCCGAUCUAGCAAAAUUCACUUAGCUCCUCAGAUCACUCUGCCUUUCCAAGGGUCACUGCGUGGAUCCCUUUGGAUUACAAAUCUUUCCACAUUUAUUUCAGAGUGAGAGAGAGGACUGGAGGAAACAGCUUGGACAAGAAGAAAAAAAAAAAAAGAUGAAUGUGAAUAGGAUGUCCCUGGCCAGAGACCUCACGAUGAAGCCUUGGAAACCAUGACAAAGCAACUUUUGGCAACUGAUCAACACAGAGAGACUGCAAGUCCGGCAGCCAGGGGACCAGUUCCCCGGCAUUGCUUUGGCACCAGUGCCUGAAGUGGGAGGGGAAAGCCCAGGGCACGGAUAUGCAGAGUGGGGCUGUGGGUAUAAAGUGUUGGGUGCUGUCCCUUCUCGGGGCGCUAUCUCUUCUGAGGCACUUGCCCUCCUCAGAAAGCCCUGUAGACCUUUAUCAGCCAUUGCCUUCUGCCCCAGGGGAAGCCAGCUGCAACAUGUCCCAGAUGGUUGGAAUGGCAUAGAAGCUGCAGGUCGGAGUGCUGAGAAGUUUUCUGCAGCCACAGGCUCCCUCCUAGAAGUCUGAAAGCAGCCUUCUGAGGAGCCAGAAGGCAAGAUUGCCAUGGAAGAGAGCCCCACCAUGGUUAAACUGGAUCGCGGUGAAAACCAGAUUUCACCAUCUCGAGGAAGAAGGUGUAUCCCCAAGGCAUUUGGCUAUGUCACCGGUGACAUGAAGGAAUUUGCCGACUGGCUUAAAGACAAGCCCGUGGUGCUCCAGUUCGUCAACUGGGUUCUCCGGGGCAUAUCUCAAGUGGUGUUCAUCAGCAACCCCAUCAGUGGAAUCCUGAUCGUGGUGGGACUUCUGGUCCAGAACCCCUGGUGGGCUCUCACAGGCUGCGUGGGAGCAGUAGUCUCUACUCUGACGGCCCUCUUGCUCAGCCAGGACAGGUCUGCCAUCGCAGCGGGACUCCAAGGCUACAAUGCCACCUUGGUGGGAAUACUCAUGGCUGUCUUUUCAGACAAGGGAAACUAUUUCUGGUGGCUGUUACUACCCAUAUCUGUUGUAUCCAUGACUUGCCCAAUCUUCUCAAGCGCAUUGAACUCCGUGUUCAGCAAAUGGGACCUGCCUGUCUUCACCUUCCCUUUCAACAUGGCCUUGUCCAUGUACCUUUCAGCCACAGGACAUUACAAUCCAUUCUUUCCAAGCUCAUUGAUCACACCUGUAACCUCGGUUCCCGAAGUCACCUGGUCUAACCUCAGUGCCCUGGAGUUAUUUAAAGCUCUGCCAGCUGGCGUCGGUCAGAUAUAUGGCUGUGAUAACCCGUGGACUGGGGGCAUCUUCCUGUGCGCCAUCCUCCUCUCCUCUCCCCUCAUGUGCAUACAUGCGACAAUUGGAUCUCUGCUGGGCAUAGUAGCUGGACUCAGUCUUGCAGCUCCAUUUGGAGACAUCUAUUUUGGACUCUGGGGUUUCAACAGCUCUCUGGCCUGCAUUGCAAUCGGAGGAAUGUUCUUGGCACUCACCUGGCAAACCCACCUCUUGGCUCUUGCCUGCGCCCUAUUCACUGCAUACCUUGGAGGAAGCCUGACACACCUAAUGGCUAGGGUUGGAUUGCCUGCUUGUACAUGGCCCUUCUGUUUGAGCACACUACUGUUCCUCCUGCUGACCACCAACAACUACAACAUCUACAAGAUGCCCCUCAGCAAAGUCACUUACUCUGAAGAAAACCGCCUCUUUUACCAACAAACCAGGAGAAGAAUAGUGGAAAGCCCUCUGUGAGAGCAGCCACUAUCCAUGACCAACGUCAUGAGUCAUUUCCAUCUGCCUCCUGCUCCAUGCAACUUCCAAGAGGACUGCUGUUUUUGAUGCUAACUCAUGGGUGAUCUGUUCUGCUCAUUCUGAAUUGAUUGUUUUGACUCCAGGAAUACUCUCAAACACAUGAGAGCCACAUCCAGGUGGUGUGCUCUGAUGUGGAAUUUUAAAACCCUGUAGGGGUUGGCACUAAGACUGCAACAUAUUUAUAAAAUCAAAACACUCCAACAGAAAGAGGAAGCAAAGCAGGCACUAUUAUUGAUAUUUAUUGAUAAUGUGUUGGCUGGAUGAUGUUAACAGCAUUACAAAGCAAGCUCUGUGAAAACAAUGGAGCUUAACAGUCUCACAGAAGUAGAUUGUUCUCUUCCGAUCAAUGCAAGUUAUACAUUAAAGCUGUGGUGGGAGCUGCUGGGGCAGCCUGGACAGGCACCGACUCCCCAGGUCCCCAGCCAUAUGGACUCCCCCACUAUUAUAGGUGUGGGAAUAGGUCUUUGGUUGUGUUUUGUUUUGUUGUUUUGUUUUUCAGGGCCACAGAGCUGCAAGAAGGAAGGAGGGACUUUAUUCAUCAAUGUUAUUCUGCAGUUGUCACUUCUCUCAGAGAUAGCAAAGGACUUUUCAAGGAAGGGUUCAGUAUUCUCUUGUGAAGAAAACUUGUUUUCAGUGAGAUCAGAAAGGAAAAGUUUCCAGCUUAAUUACCACCUACACCUGUUUAUAAAAUAGUCAGUAUAGAGCUAGUCAUCCCUUAGUUGAUUCAAUUAUCAGCAUCUUAGAGCCCUUAACACAUUUUUAACUCAUUUAAGGAUAGCAGGAGGAUAAGUUCAGAGUGUGUAUAGAUGUUAUUUUUAGAAAUUGUUGAAUUUUUGGCCUUAAAAGAUUAUUUAUGCACACUUACAAUACUCUUUCUCAGAAACCAAUGGUAUCUGAACCACCCAAAAGAAAUAUAGGUAAGGAAUUCUGCUUUUCUUUUUCAUUGAAAAGUUUUGAGUCCUACAAACGUUCUGUGACCAAACAUGCUAAGGAAGGCAAUGGAAAAGUACACUCAAUGCCUUCCACUUCAGUGUGUGUCCAUUUAGUAUUGUGGAGGUUGCAAAUGUGAAAUUUUGGAGUCCCGGAGCUUUUCCUCUUCAAAUCUCUAGUGCCCAUGCGUAGUUUUCUGAACGGAUAACUAGCAGUGGGGCAGCAAACCUGUAUAUAUCUUAGGGAGGUUACUUCUUCCUUUUUUUUUUUUUCGGGAACAUAGACCAACACACACUGUUCCAACUUUUUUAAACUGAGACCAUGGCUGGGCAUUUUUGCAACUGUUCAGAUAUCCCCACUUGGGAAAUGGAGUAGGAAGGCUUGAAUCCCAUCUCUGCUUCUGAUUCCACCCUCCUGCUGAUGCACACAGAAGGUGUGCAGAAGUGACGCAAGCAGGGGGGUGCCUGUCACCCACAUGGGAGAUCUGGCUAUUGUGGAAAUGUAGGGAGAGAUUUAAAACAUUUUUAAACCUGUGAUCAAAACCUUUUGAUAUGGUGAAUUUGCACCUGUCAUGCAUUUGUUGAUAUUCCCACGGAAAAACUAACUCUUCAGUGUUUGAACUGAGAUCUUCCUGGCUAGGGAAUUUGUGAGAUAAGAGUUAGGGGAACUAAAAAAGCAAGCAUAAUCAAAGCUCACCAGUGGAAGCAUCUGGACCAGGACUCAGUGAAGCACAGUUCCCUAAUGUGCAUCCAAGUUGAUUUUCGGAGAAGAGUUCUUAUGUGCCCAAGACAACACAAUCCCCCAUCUGCUCCUGUAGAUUUGUAAAUAGGAAUAUGUUAAAGCCUUAGACAUGACCUAAUGUAAGUGAUAUUAAUUCUCUCAAGCUACUUUUGUUACUAAGUGUUAUCCUAAUAUUAACUGAAGCUUCUUAAGGAACAUUUCUGUUUUGUCCUCUUGUCUGUAUGAAAAAUGUAAGAGUAUGAAUAAAUGAUAUAUCCAAAACUGG